AUGAAAGCUUUUGUUGAUAAGCAGUUUCGAAAAUCUAACGAGAACCUAAAAGACGAUGAUGAAUUCUUUAUUGAAAGGAAGCACUUAAAUUCAUUACACAAUUAUUUUUCUCAUUCUUUGCUAUAUUUAGAAAGGCUGGACAGUGCAAUAAAAAAUAUUAAUAUUAUGAUAAGUGAUUUAAAUACAUGCUUGAUGUCCUUUUUUGAAAAUGAUGUAAACUUGGAAAUAAUUAAACAUGUGUCAUAUAUAUUGAAUUCAUUUAAUAAUGUUAGAGAAAAAAUAACAAGCCAAAUUACACAAUCUAAAACUAUGGUUAAUAAUACCUUAAAUAAAAUAAAAAAUGUACAGAAUUUAUGUAUAAAAAAAAGGCAUUUAAGUUCUUCAAUAGAACAUUAUGAAAAAAAGAUAAAAAAGCUGCAAGCAGUAACGACUUCUAAUCAAAAGCAUUUAGAUAAGGUUAUAAGAAAUGAACAUAAAUUAAAUAAAGUUAAAACAGAUUACUUAGAAUAUCAUGAGAAUAUAAAAAAAGGUUUUGAUUCUAUUUUAGAAAAUAAAACAAGUAAAGUUUUAUUUGAUGCAAGAAAGGAUUUAGAAAUUUUAUUGUGUUAUUUUUCCUUAAUGAAUUCUGUAUCUCUUAAAUUAAAAGAUCCUUUAAAUGAACUAAAAUUGAAGUACUUUGAUAGAAAAACAACAAAUAAAUUACCAAUAGAAUAUAACUUUUUCUUAGAAGAAGAAGAUAAUAUGAAUAUUUUCACUGAAAAAAAAAAAAAUAAUAAUAACCCUUUUUCCUAUGAUAUAGACAAUAGUGAAAAUAAUGCAUACAAAAGUUUAGAGAGCAGUAAUUUACAAAUUAGCUCUAAUGAUAAAAAGAACAAUAAUAUUUUUAAAAUUAAAUCAUUUUUAAAAGUUACUGACAAAUCAUCAAAAAUAAAAACUCUGCCAUCCAAUUUACCGCCAAUUUUUCCUCAAUGA